CUUGAUGGAAAUAUAAUAUUCAGAAAAAAAAAAAGUGAUAUCAUCAUAAUUCAUAAAUUAGCAAAUGAGCAUAUCAGUGAAGGUUUCUUGUGUGAUUUAAAGUUGAUCUUUUUGUUGAGUCCUGAAUUACUUGAAAUUGAGAACCACUAUUUAUUAUUAUUUUGCACAUUUACUUGUGACCAUAGUUUUUACAAUCCGCAGCAGAAGAAGCAGAAUGAUAUGAAGAAAUUAAGACGUUUACCAAAACUUCAACCAACUCCGCCAAGUUGGCAUUGUCUUUCUAUAUGAUCAUGAUUCUUGAAUCAUCUCCUGCAAUUUGCGUGACCUAAAGGUUUUCUAUUUCAAUCUUGGCACUUGGCAGCACUUUGUAAUUUAAGUUUAACUCUUUGCCAAGUAAUUUCAUGACUUUUCAUAAUCAAAUGUAUACCUCUACAAGAAAUAAGAUUAGAUCAAAACAUACUGUGCAUAGCUUGAAAUACUUGUAUUUAUCAGAUAUGGAAGGAAACGAAUUGUUGGCUAUUUAAGCAUAUGGCAGAAACAACAAUACAGAAUGUUGAGAUCAAGGUUAAAAUGGACUGUGAUGGUUGUGAAAGGAGAGUCAAAAACGCUGUGUCCUCCAUGAAAGGUGUGAAAUCAGUUGAUGUGAACAGAAAGCAAAGCCGGGUGAGCGUGUCAGGAUAUGUUGAGCCAAACAAAGUGUUAAAGAAAGUGAAGAGCACAGGGAAGAGAGCUGAGUUUUGGCCCUAUGUCCGUUACAACUUAGUGGCAUACCCUUACGUUGCUCAAGCCUAUGACAAGAAGGCUCCAUCAGGCUAUGUUAAAGACGCAGUGCAAGCGUUGCCUAGUCCAAAUGCAGUUGAUGAGAAGUUUGUUACUCUCUUUAGCGACGAAAACCCAAAUGCAUGUUCAAUCAUGUAGCCGAUUUCGAUGCAUGAGAGCAACUAUAAAGCCAUGCAUGCAGCUGAAGGAAAGGACACAAUUUUCUCUGUAUGUAUGUAUGUAUGUACAUAUUUAUAUGAAUACUUUUUGCUGUUACAUUAACCUAAUACUCCAAUUAAUUAUUGCAGAAGGGAGAGGAU